AUGUCUCUCAGCAUAAUCCCGAAGCCAAUCGAAGAGGAGAACGAUAUCAAAGUCUCUCUCCAGAACCUCCACCAGGCAACAACAAUCGCAGGGAACGUUCUCGUAGGGGGACAAUCAAUCCCUGAGCUCUGGCAGACCCUUCAUAAACAGCAUUGGCGCCAUGCGUGGCGGGCUCAUCAAAAAAAGACCCAGGAGCAGCAGGACGACGACCCCACAACCGACCCGCGUGACUGGGUAGGAUUCGUUAAAGGGGUGAUGUCUCGACGAGAUCUUGAUUUCGUAAUUUUGGUGGUGUACCGCGACGAGGCCCAGACGCUGCGAGACAACUCUCACAAGGAAUUCCAACGCCGAUACAAGGCGUUUAGAAACAACAUAACUGGGAUGAACGACGAGGAAGUUGUUUUCCAACUCAGCUUCGACGCCAUCACCUCCGUAGCGGCCCUCAGGGCCAUGAACGGCAUUCUCUCUUCAAGAUCGCCCGGCGAGCGCAUUGGGGCAGAAGAACUCUUUGCGGUGGCUCGACGCGAAAUGCUCGUGAGGCACCGGGACCCAUGCACCCCGCCGACUGUCGCCAUUCAGGAUGUGACCAAGGCCGUCAAGUUCCUCCGAGCCCAGCAGCCCUCCCUCGCGCCCGCUCUCAGUCCCGCACCAGUGCCCGCUUCUGCUUCCGCUUCUGCUACCGCUACCGCUACCGCUACCGCACCCGCACCAGUUCUUGCACCAGCUCCCGCACCAGCGCCCGAACCCGAGCCCGCACCAGCCCCGGAGCCGCAGCCCCAAGCCCAAGCCCAGACGUCGGAGCCCCCUACGCCAAGCCCUGCUGGUCCAACGUCUCCCACCCCCGAAUUCACCGGUCUGAAGCGCGCCGCCUCCUCGCUGGCACAAGGAUCCAAGCCGCCAGCACCGAAGCGUGCCCGUGUUGCUUCAGACGAGGAGGAGCGCGGCGAUCCAGAGCAGGAGCAGCAGCCUGACAACGACGCUGAUGAGGACGACAUCGACUUUGGGGAUCCUUUUUUCAACCUGGGCGAGCCAGACUUCCUUGACAACGACUUCGAGCCUCUGAGCGACAAGCCAGAACGCCCGGCCGACCGCGUCCAACAAGAAGCAGACGUUUGGAGGGACCUCGUUCGUCAGAUCCUCGCAACGCCCCUCCCAACCACGGCCCCAAUGCUCUUCAAUGGCCGCGUGGCCGCCUUACUCGACGCCGCCAAGGAAGUCGGCUUGCUCGCCGACGACGUGUUGGAAGAAGACCCUUUGCAUGAGGAUUCCUAG